AUGGCAGGCGAAAACAUUGACGAUGAUGAAUACGUCGCCAACCUGCUCAAACAGGACGCAAAGAAUGCCGCGAAGAAGUACGACUUAGUAGGCCUGGAAGCCUUCACCCCGAAGAGGUCAAGACCCGGAGCCCCAAAACCGAAUACUAAUUUCCUCCGACACAUUAUCCGCCAAACCGACAGCCACAAUGCGUCUUUGCUAGCCAAGGAGGCACAAGAGUCAAAGGCUCGGCUGAAGGAGAUGAACAGGGAGAAGGAGUGGGAGCGAAAGAGAGAGCGGGGGAAGAAGAACAGGGAUUAUGGAAGGCUCACCCCGCCGGAUAUGAGCGAUGUCGAUGACGAGGAUGCAAGAUACAAGAAGAAGAGGAAGCUGGAUCACAGCGACGAGGAGGAUGAGCGUGACAGGAGGCGACGGCGGAAACACCGCGAUGGCUCACCCGAGCCUAGGUCAAGAAGAGAGAAAGACAGGGAGAGGGACAGAAGGACGAAGAGGAAGGCUGAAGGCAGUGAGGACGACGAGCGGUCCGCACGAAAGUCAAAACAUUCGAGCCAUCAUCACGGCCGGGAUCGACGACGCAGGCAUAGGCACGAUAGUGAAGAAGAAGAAGACCGGUCACGUCGAGAUAAGGAUUCAAGGCGCAGACACAGACGGAGGAAAUCAUAUUCCAGAUCCCUUUCUCGGUCACGGUCGGCAUCUCCUCGCUCAAGACAUCAGAAAUUCUCCAAACACCGGCGCAAGUCUCGUUCUCCACGACGCGCUUCGAGAAGCCCAGUAAAAGCAAACGGGGAUAAACAAUCGAGUCGACGGUCCCCUACGCCGGCAUCUGAUUCAGAUCCUCUCGAAGCUAUUGUCGGACCUCUCCCACCGCCUGCCCAGCCAGCCGUCCGCUCCCGCGGUCGCGGUGCCCACAAAGCUAACUCCAUGAGCAUGGACGCCCGAUUCUCCUCCACAUACGACCCGUCCGCAGACGUCCAGCUAGGCUCAGACGCUGAAGGCAAUUGGGGAGAUGCACUUGAAGCAUUCAGGGACCGUCAGCGGUGGAAGCAGCAAGGAGCGGAGAGGCUCCGGGAGGUGGGGUUUACGGACGACCUAGUCAAGAAGUGGGAGAAGGGGGAUGAGAAGAGCGAGGAAGAUGUGGUGUGGGCGCCAAAGGGCCAGGCGAGAGAAUGGGACCGAGGGAAGGUGGUGGAUGGAGAUGGCGACGUGGAAUUGAAAGCCGAGUGGGGGAGGCUAACAUGA